AAAGCAAAAUCCCUAAAAAACAGAUUAGCAUUUACUAGGAAGUUGAGGCACGAAGCUAGAAUUCAUCUGGAGCUGAUUCCCAUGACUCAGAAACAAGUCAGUUGAGAAUUGAAGAGGAAAUUUAUACUUUAAAUGGCCUUAUUUUCCUGCAAGGUCACCAACACUUGAGGAAGUGACUUAAUACCACAGAGGCCGUCACAGGCUGACUGUAGGGCUGACAAACUGACAUUUCAGACACUGUUUUGAAAAUUCUCACUAAUAGCUCCUGAAAGUUCAUUAAAAAGAACUUCCCAUAGUUGCUUAAUAUCUUCUGAAGAAAUCUCUGAGUAUUUUAUAUGGACUUUUUAUGAUCUUUGGAUGCUCUUCUUUAAAUCUGAAAAUAAGGAGCUUUAAAAGCACGAUUGCAUUGGAAUAUCUUCUUUCAAACAAAAGCGCUCUGCCCAAACAGUCCAAGGCCUCAACAGCUGCCUGCACUGGGUUUCUGCCCCCUCUCUGGUGAAUAUUCACAAGCCAGCCUGGUUUCCAAUGGAGACAGUAAACACAUCAGGGAAAGCAGCAGCUUUCGGGAGGUUUUGCUUCUGCCACAGAGCUACCACAAAACUCCUCCUGACAAACCAGCAGCAGUCCCACAGCAUGCUCUGCAUUAAAGCACGCUUUGCUGUUCUGCAUGAACAUAAGGUGGUCUCAGCUGUAAGCAGCACGCAUCACCUCCCUAAGCAGAGAGCUUGCUGCUUACAGCUGGAGACUGAUGGAUUUCAGUAACAAGUGUUUCUUACAAAAAUUGUUGUUACCACAGAAACUUGUUCAGCCUUCAUGCAACGAAGCAACGCAGAGCAGUAGGAAAUGAUCAUUAAAUAACAAAGAAGCAAAACGGUGCUGAGCGCUACCCGUCAGAGCUGGUCUGCGUGCUCAUUUUCUUAAAGCAGUCCAAAUCUGCAGCUGAAAGAAAGCGCUGGGGGAGGAGGAGCACUGAAAGCACAACAGCAGGCUUAACCUGCUUCAUUGUCAGUAGCUCUGUUAUGAGUGUCAAAAUGGACACGUUGGAAAAGGGUUCUGGAUUUGGGAGGAAUACCUUGAAUGGUUCUCGGCAUCCAGCAAGCAAAGCUCUGGAGCAAACAGCCUCAGCUCCUCCUCUGUCUCGUGGCAGCAUUUGGCCUGGAAGAGCACACCUGGCUGCUAGGCCCAGGGCAGAGGAGCGGGCAGCACUGCAGCAGGACCAGGUACAGCAGGAUAAGGUCUGGAGAGAGUCUGUGGAGGCUGAACGGAGAGGAAGAAAAAUCUGGUACCAGAACUGGAGUUUCCUAAAGGACUACGACCAAAUGGGUAACAAAAAGGAACAGAAGCCACUGCCAGACUGUACAUCUGUGUUUUCAAACACGGUUCCCAAUUCGACCAACCAGAACAUUGGUAGUAGGAUGAAUACUGAACAUGGCAAGAUGCUGAUAAACAUGGAUUACUUCUUCAGCAGGGGAGCACAAAAGAGGAAACUUGAAGAUGACCUCCAGCUUUCCUAAUGCUUAAAGUAAAGAUACCGGUAACAAAGCAAGUGACAGAGAUCUAGCUAAUAGACUUCUUUCAGACUGAAAAUAGCAGGGAACAAAUUCCUCAUCUUCCCCCUGAUAUCAACAGUACUGUCCUGCGUGGAGCUUUUUCAAGAGCAAAGAUGUAUGUCACCAAGCAAUGCCUAAGAAGACAAUCCUCUUCAGAUUUGAGGUAACUGGGCCAUAUACAGUGAGUCAGGACCACAGAUCCCAUCUAUCUUCCCAUGCGAGGCCAUUGUAACAUUGCUACUAAAGAGAAAGUUUAGAGUCUAAGGGCAGUUUCUUCCUGAAUUUUUACCUCCUGAAAAGAAACAAUUGAUGGAGAUCAGUUCAGAUGAGUUGCACUACAAACAACAUGAUACAACCUCUGAAAGUCAGUGUGAUAAAGUGCAGCAGGUUGUUGUAUUUCAUGUAUUUAGCCAAGGAUUCAUCAGCUUGUCACCUGCGUGUUUAAGCUUGUUCUUAGGAGUAAAGUUGAAGGAAUGUAAGAUGCGUUACAUGCAUUUUCAAGCCUCCCUGCCGAGAAACCUGAGCCAGGCUGAGCCAGGUUAUAUUCUUAUUGUCACCAUUCUUUAAUUUAACAGGGAUGUAGCUCCUAAAAUCUGCAGUUACCCAGGGAAAUCAUAAGGCUAAAUCGACACAAUACUUACAGCCUGUUUACUAAUGCAUCUGGGUGCAAAGCUUGUUUGUGAUCUGUUGUUUUGGAGGAAAAAACAUUAAUCAGCAGAGCAUGGAAAAUGGAAGCCUACACUUUCAACAAAAUAAUAAUAAUCUUGCUGAGCUAAAAUACCUUCUGAUUUCUUCUAAGAGAAGAAAGCUGCAGCAGGAACUGUUUUUAUUUCAAAUGCAUCUAGUGGGAACAUAGCAAGCUCCACGUUUUCUAACCUGCAGAUGGCACUCACUUCCCACCAAGUAACCCAUUGCAAAGGGCACAGCAACAGCAUUGCACAAUACCUUCCUAAUUUCUAAGGGCAUUAAAUAGUUCCAGAUUCUCAACAGUGUUUGCUCUGUGUGAAUCCAGAGAAUCCCUGUCCCAGAGAGGCCCUGCAAAAUGGAUUGCACGGGACAGAGGGUGGUCACAGCACUGCACUUUAUCCUUCUACUCAGUACUGGCACUGCUUCAACUGAAGCGUUUCUUCCAGUUUUGGGCAAAACAUGGAAGGUGCUGCUCUGAAGACGUGGGCACUAACAAGACUUGAGAAGCAAAGACUGUAAACAGAGUACUGGGAAGUUUGGCUAUGAGGAUACAUUAAACAGGUUAUUACAGCUUAACCUGAAAAAAUAAAAAGAGAAUGGGAACUGAGAAAUCUCUACCUUUAAAUGUUAAACACGCACAGCCAUCAGGAAUGACAUAUUUAACAAGGUUUGCCUGUUAGAGUGUGAACUGUGUAACUGAAGCAGUUUUCAUCAGUUAUCAGAUCUUCACUGGAGUUGCCGGAAUCAGAAAACAUGGCUUUUCAAAACAUAUCCAAAAAGGAUUUAAAAAUCACAUCAGUUGGGUCAGACUGGCAUAGACCACACCUCUAAAACCCAGAUCACCUCAUGUUUCAAUGAGCGCACAUUCCUAGCCUUCUUCUGGCUGCCACUUUACAGUGAAAUGCUUUUCACUGCAUCCAGAUGAGCCUUUUUCAAUCAGAGCCCCUCUGAAAUCCAUCCUUAGUGCCUAGUGUGUAGUUAAAGUAAGUUAACACCUACAGCAACCUUCAGAGAACACAGCUGGGAGCUGCUGAGGACUCAACCAAAGCUGCCAUAGAUCCUGUGAGCAGAAAGCAGUAAAGAGGUAUUCUGUAGACACUGUUUUCUUCCCAAGUUUAGCGAUCAUUUUUUCUCUUACCAGAAUUAAUGUCACCAACAAAUCUUUAUUUACAUAAGCAGAGACACUGAGAAGGAAUGGAUGACAGCAGCACUUACAUUUGUAAAUGAUCGGUGGAAACUCCAUUUAUUAAGGAGAUUGUACAGAUACUAAACUGCGCUGUAAGCUUCUUGAGAAGAGUUUUUAUGAUGUAUCACUCGUGCUUCAUGGUUUUAUAAGAGGGUUUUUUUUCUUUCCUUUAGCUGCCAGAUCUCAAAGAAGAGAUUAUCUGUGUUUAGAGAAUCCAUUCUCUGUAUUUCUUUCAGUCAAAGCGCACAAGUGGGUAGGAAUUUGAAUUUAAUUCUGGAGUUAGAUAGAUGGCUUUCUCUUCUAAGGAUUGUUCCCAGUGCCUCCAAGUCUUGUGUGUUCUCAUUUCAAGCUAUUCUCAUAAUAAAAAUGUGUGUAAUUGUU